GAGAUAGACGCUUCUCUCCAUGGAAAGGAUCAGUUGUGAACUCAGUGGUUGGAGUUUUCCUUACUCAAAACGUCUCAAACCAUCUUUCUAGUUCUGCCUUCAUGUCUCUUGCUGCACGAUUUCCCCUCAAGUCAAACAGCAAUGACAGGCCAUGCUUUGAAGAGACAAGUAUAUUGGCCAAAGAACCGGAAGUGUGUAUUCUUGAUCCAGAGGAUACCAUCAAAUGGCAAUGGCAUGAGAAAUCACAUCAGACUGCCUGCAACAGGAGUUCUAUGACGCUCCAUGACAUGAAUUAUAAUUUAGAGGAAGUUGUCCACAGCAAUGAAUUGCUUGGAAGCAUCAAUGGUGCUGAAAAGUCCACGACUAAUUUGAAAUAUAAAUUCUCAGAUAUUUCUGGAAAUUGCCCAAAGAUAUACCAUAAAUCAACAGCCAUAAGAGAGAUGGAUGAUGUACUUUCUUCUCAGUAUUCUGGUGGUUCUUCUCAAAACUCUCUGGACUCAUCAAUGACUCAACCUGCUGAAAGAAUAGAAUCAUGCUUGCAGGAUAACUCAGAAGCAGAUCCAGCAAUCAGGUCAAACCCCAACAGUCAUUCUGGCUCUUCUUUUCUGGAGCUACUACAAAGCGUAGAACUUUAUUCUCAGCGUUCUAGUGGUUCCUCUCAAAACUCUGUGGACUCAUCAAUGGCUCACACUGCUGAAAGAAUAGGCUCAUGCUCACAGGACAACUCAGAAGCAGAUCUGGCAACCAGGUCAAGCCCCACCAGUCUUGUUGGCUCUUCGAAAGCCUCCGUAAGGCCCAUCAUCCCUUCCAGUAACUAUCCUUUGCAAAUGACCCCCAGUUCUGGAAUACUUGAAGUUGAAUCCUUCGAGAUGUUGGGAGAAGAAAUCCUGUUUUCUGAUAUUUCCAAGAAAAUUGAAGAAAAUUGCACCAGUGAACAUAGUGGAAUAACAGCAGAAUCUGUUAGCCAGGCUAUGGUUCAAAAGGUCAUGACUGCAAGUUCUAAAGAAGCACCAAAAUCUCCCAGUGAAAGUAAUCAUGCAUGCAGUAGCCCUCAAGAAGAGGUGAAUAAGAUCUUCCAAUCUCAAAACAGGCCAGCUAGGAAUCUCAAGGAUAACGUUCAAUCACAGACUCAAGAACAUAAUUGUAGAAUGCAGCGCAUUCUCGAGGUUCCAAACCUUUCAAGAGAGGCCUCAGAUGUCACAGAGAGCACUAGUGUAAUUAAUAACCCAAAAAACAAUGAGCAUAAGGAAGUUGAGUCAAGCUUGAAGGACCAUGGGUAUCUUCCUAGUAAGGCAAUCAAUGGAACAAGUCUCGACAGUUCCAAUGUGAAGAGGGGAAGGACUGCAAAGCACAAACAGGAACCAGUUGACUGGGAUAGCUUAAGAUUGCAGGCACAAGCCAAAGGUAAAAGAAGAGAAAGGACAGCCAAGACAAUGGACUCAUUGGACUGGGAAGCAAUACGACUUGCAGAUGUUAAGGAGGUUGCUGACACCAUCAAAGAAAGGAGAAUGAACAACGUGCUAGCAGGGAGAAUCAAGGAUUUCCUGAACCGGAUGGUAAGAGAACAUGGAAGCAUUGAUCUUGAAUGGUUAAGGGAUGUUCCACCUGACAAAGCAAAAGAGUAUCUGUGGAGCAUAAGAGGAUUCGUGGAGUGUGUGCGGCUUUUGACACUUCACCAUCUUGCUUUCCCAGUGGACACAGAUGUUGGACGUAUAGCUGUAAGACUAGGAUGGGUGCCCCUUCAGCCACUGCCCAAAUCACUUCAGUUGCAUCUUUUAGAGCUGUACCCGGUGUUGGAAUCAAUUCAGAGAUAUCUCUGGCCACGACUCUGCAAGCUUGACCAAAGAACAUUGUAAAUAGACAUUUAUGAUUACACCUAUAAUGCUACUUUUCGUAUAUAUGAAU